AGCAAAUUCUUGCCGGCCCAACGACCUAUUUCGUCAUUUUUUUGAAAACCCCAGUUUGUCUAAUCUAAUUGAACCAGCCCAUCUCCGACAAUCCAAAUUCCGGGCGUUCUGAUACUUUUCCCGACGGCCUGUUCGCCGGCAACCCUCGUCAAUAGUCUCUGCACAUCCACACUUAUGAAUGGACGUAGAUAGAUAGAGAGAGUUCGUAGCUUUCGUUCUAAUGGCGGGUCCGUCGCUGAUGGAUACCAUCUUCCAGAGAUCCUUGGAUGACUUGAUUAAAGGAAUCCGGCUAUUCAGCGGCGGAUGCGGGGAAUCGGGUUUUAUCAACAAGUCCGUCGACGAGAUCCGCCGCGAGAUCAAGUCUACUGAUCUUCAGACAAAGGCCACAGCACUUCAGAAGCUGACGUAUCUCCAUUCUCUCCACGGUGUCGACAUGUCAUGGGCGGCUUUCCACGCCAUCGAGCUUUCUUCCUCGCAAUCUUUCAUGUACAAACGCAUCGCGUACCUCGCCGCCACGCUUUCCUUCGACCCUUCCACCACUGACGUCAUCCUUCUUCUAACUCAUCAGCUCCGCAAGGACCUCUCCUCCUCUAAUCAUCAAGAGGUUAGUCUUGCCCUUCACGCUCUCUCUUCCAUUUCCACUGUUGACUUGGCCCGUGAUUUGACGCCUGAACUUUUCUCUUUACUCAAUAGUAACAAAAAUAUCAUAAGGAAGAAAUGUAAUGCCACAGUAUUGAAAAUAUUCGACCUAUACCCGGAUUCAGUCAGAGUAUGUUUCAAGAGAUUGGUAGAAAAUUUGGAGUGCUCUGAUCCUGGUGUGGUGUCAGCAGUUGUGGGUGUUUUCUGCGAACUAGCUACUAAAGAUCCUAGAUCAUAUUUACCCUUGGCGCCUGAGUUUUAUAAGAUCUUAGUGGACUCUAGGAACAAUUGGGUAUUGAUCAAGGUUUUGAAGAUUUUUGCCAAGUUGGCACCUUUGGAGCCAAGGUUGGCCAAGAGGCUGGUGGAUCCUAUUUGUGAGCAUUUGAGGAGGACAGGGGCUAAGUCUUUGGCUUUUGAGUGUAUUAGAACUAUCAUGAGCAGUCUGAGUGAGUAUGAAACUGCUGUGAAGCUUGCAAUAGAGAAGUUAGCUGAAUUUAUGGCUGAUGAUGAUCCGAAUCUUAAGUAUCUUGGACUGCAGGCACUCACGACAGCUGUGCCUAAACAUUCAUGGGCUGUUUUGGAGAAUAAGGAGUUUGUGAUCAAAUCUCUGAAUGAUGUUGAUGUGAACAUCAAGCUUGAGGCCUUAAGGCUGGUGAUGGCAAUGGUGUCUGAGGAUAAUGUGCCUGAAAUUUGCAGGGUUUUGAUAAACUAUGCACUGAAAUCAGAUCCUGAAUUUUGUAACGAGAUUCUGGGGUCCAUCUUGUCUACUUGUUCAAAAAAUGUCUAUGAGAUCAUUAUUGAUUUUGAUUGGUAUGUGUCACUUCUUGGGGAAAUGGCAAGACUUCCACAUUGUCAAAAGGGAGAAGAAAUUGAGAACCAACUUGUAGAUAUUAGUAUUAGGGUGAGAGAUGCUAGACCACAGCUUGUUCGUGUUGGGCGUGAUCUGCUUAUUGAUCCUGCAUUGCUUGGGAACCAAUACAUACACUGUAUAUUAUCUGCUGCUGCUUGGGUGUCCGGUGAGUUUGUUCAGUUCUCAAAGAAUCCACAUGAACUUAUUGAAGCAUUGCUUCAACCGCGAACUAGUCUCCUACCACCUUCAAUAAGAGCAGUAUAUAUCCAGUCUGCACUCAAGGUGUUGACCUUUUGCAUUGGUCACUAUCUCUUCUCAGGUCAGCCUGUUUCUUCUGGAGUAACACAUUUAAUCCCAUUCGAGACUACAGAUUCCAAUAUACCCAUUAGUAAUACUUCUCCAACUGGAAUUGAAACAGACGAGGGAAUCAGUCCAUGUGCUUUAUAUUGGCCAGCUGUAGAUGGAGAUGUUUCUAGAGAAUCUAUUAAAAAUCUUUUCAAUCUUGUAGAAGCAGGUCUGCAUCCAUUAUUAGGGAGUCAUGAGGUGGAUGUACAAGAAAGAGUAAGAAACGUCAUAGGAUUUGUUGAAUUGCUGCGUGAUGAAUUUCCUGGUUUUUUCGCCCAGAGGGAAGGUGAAAAUGGAAUAGGAGGAGAACUAAAAGCUCAUGAAAUUAUCAAACUGAUGCGUGGUGCAUUUUUGGAGGAACUAGUUCCUAUAUCUCUAAUUUCUCAGGAAAGGGUACCUUUACCAGAUGGACUAGUUCUUAAUGAGAAUCUCAGAGACCUAGAAGCAAUCUGUGGUGGUGAUAUUGUGUUGCCCACAUCAGGUUUAUUUUCUUUUGGAAGACCACAUCAUGUUGAAAAAAAUGAUAUUCAUGGUUUUAGCCAAGAGAACGAGGAAUCUGAACCAAUGAUUGAGUCGACAUCUCUACUUGCCGAGCAUCGUAAGAGGCAUGGCUUGUAUUAUUUACCUUCGGACACUAUGAAGGACACAUUACCUGAUGAUGACUACCCUCCUGCUAAUGAUCCUAUUAUUGGAGGAGAUACUGACAAGACAGCGGAUCUUAUCAAGCUAACAGAACAAUCUUUUAUGCCAAAGAGGAAACCAAACCAAACGAAGCCUAGGCCUGUGGUGGUAAGGUUGGAUGAUGUUGAUGGAACAAAUAUUGUGCCCAAAAAGCUUGAGUCGAAAAAUGAUCUAAUAUCAGGUGCGGUUCGAGAUGUUCUUAAAGGUGAUUAUGAUUCUCUAGCAUCUACAUCACGGGGUAUGAAGCCUGAGAAGUUAUUAUCAAGAAAGAGAAGGGAGAAGCAAUCAAAUAUAGAUAACACUUCUGGACGAACUGAUGACUGGAUGACUGCCAAGAGCACUGAGAAUGUGGAUUCAGUGAAGAGCAAGCACCAUGGUCAUGGUAAAGAGAAGAAAACUAAAAAUCCGGGCAAGAACAAAUCCCGACUUCGACCAAAUAUAGCUACAUCUAUUCAAGCUCAAUCACCUGUCAUUCCUGAUUAUCUCUUGUAGCAUUGGAGGUUCAGAAAAAUAGAAACUUAAAGUUUUGAAGGUGAGCUCUGUACAUCCAUCAGCAUACUCUUUCCUCUUGGUUAUCAAUACAACUCUUUUGAGUAGGACUGGCGUGUUUUUUUGAAUCUUCAUAAUUAUUAAGAAAUGAUAUUUUGUGUCCACACGAUCUAGCCUAAGUAUUACAAAGAGCCAAUAGUAACUCAUCUGCACCAGGUCUUCCUUAACACAUUGAUUGAUUCACACUUUAAUAGUACUCUUUCACUACUAGUAGCCCACUUUUCAUUUUGCAAAAUAUAUAUUGUUAUUGCCCCUAGUAUUUGUGACAUGCUCCUCAAGUAGCAGGAAGUACUGUAGUAUCAUUAUACUCCGUAAUUUUUACAUAAAGCGUUUAAUCAACAAGUUCUAUAAAACGUUAAACAUAAAUUUGAUACUAGUAUAUCGCAGUAGCAAGGUGGUGGGUGUGUAUGAGCAUUUUUUUUAGGGUAUCAGAGACACAACUUUCCUCCGUGCCUUCUUUGAAUAUCACUCACAAAUCACUAUCAGACCUGCAGCAUAAGAAAGCUCCAGAAUACUGGAAGGAGCUGCAACCGUCACAGAAGGAAGGUCAGUUGACACUUUAUUUGGGAAAAAAACUCCAAAAGGAAAGGGAUUGCACUUGGUCGAGAAAAGGUAUAAAUGUACCAAAUGAAUAUGGGAACCAAAAAGGAUAAAUUGAUGGCAGAUUAGCAGGGUAUGAGGUCAAAAUCAGUUGAUGAAACUUUCGUGGCUUAACUCUCUUCAAAUGAAAUGCACGUUUGAUGGCAUUUUGUUUAUGCUUGUCUUAAAAUCUUAUUAUUAGCAACGGUUUACUUAUUUUACUGUGCUUCACAAAUCAGCGGAUAUGUAAAAUGGUCAUUCAGUAUUGAGAAAUUUAACCAAUAACUUGGAAAGUAGUUUUUUAAUUUUGUUCUUAGAUUUUUUAUUCAUUAAUGCCCGGCAACCAUCUCUUCUUAAAAAAAUAUUAUUUCCCUCGUUCCAUUACUUUUGUUCCAUCUUUUUUAUAUAGCCAAUCUCACUUAUAUAAAAAAAGGAUAAAAAUAUGAGUUAAUAAAAAGGAUACAAAGAGAUCAAUCCUCUACACGUAUAUUUUACCUCCAUUUCAGCUUUUCAAAACUCAUACUCUUGCGCAAUCCGAAAUAUUUUGGAAUAUUAUUGGUGUUGUGUGAUCUAAUUGACUCUCGUAUAUUUUGGUUUGGUGCGCUAUGAACUGGUCUUAUUUGUUCGGAGCCAUCCUAGUACCUUGUUUGAUUAUGUUCAGUUCGAUAUGAACAUAUAAAAAAUUUUUAAAAAAAAAGGAAAAAAAAUAAAGAAAAAAGAAAAAAAGAAAAAACAAAGUCAUUUGUCAAUAAUACUUGUGUUAUAGCCAGUAGUCAUCUAAUUAAUGAAGUAGCAAAAAUGUCUUUUAAUUGAUGCCUAAUUUGACAUAACAAUAAAAUAUCUGUCAUUAACUAUUGAUAAAAAUGUCAAUAACUAUAAAAUCACGGCCAAACUAAAAUAGGACACCACCUAUGUGUUAGGCGUCACCAUGUCGGACGAGAAUCGAAAAUAAUAUAUUUUGACCAAUGUUUGUAUAUAUCAAUGCUAUUAUUGCAUUCAGCACCAAAAACGCGAUGGAGCCGUUCGUAUUGAAGUUGUCAAACCAAGUAAUCAGAUCAAACGGGGUGAUAUAUUAUAUGGUUCAUAUGCAACGGAAAGACCAUUUCUCCCAAGGUUGGGAGUUCCAUACGAGGAAACCCUGUCCCUAAUUUCCCCUAGAAAUAUGCACAUCUUUUUCCCCAAAAGAGUAAUUUCAAAUUCCUGCGAUCUUAUUGUUUUUCGAAGAUCAGAAGACAGUUUGGAGUACUUGAGAUUCGGCCACUUGGUGUGUAUGUAUAACAAAAGCUAAUGAGGAGUAAUUGACGUUGGUAUUCUCAAUCUCUUUCGUCACUUUCUCUCUAAAUAAAUCUUAGGCUCCUUCCUUCUCAUGUUAAUUAUUAACAUGCCUGCAACUCUUUCAUCGUUGCUAUUUACUCAUCCAAAGAAUUUCAUCGGUAAUUUGCUUUAAACCAUAGCUCAAUUAAUCUAUGUAUUUCAUUUCUAUCGUUUGUUUCGUGUUCUUUGAUCGGUCGGAUUGAUUCUAUUACAAACAUUGAUUUUCUACCUUCCUAGCUAGCUUAAUUAGUUAAGUCACACAUAUUAGCAAACAUCAAGGCUCAAAUACAAAAGAAUCAUGAAAUAAGGCCAGAUCAAAAAGAGCUGAUCAAACAUCAAAGCUUCUUGAAUUGGUGAUCAAUUGAUUACAAUUAAGAAUCUUUGUAUUCCUACCCGGCCUCACCCCCACCCACCCCUUCCACAACACCAUCCUACAUAGGAUAGAUGUGAUGUACCAACAUUUGUGUCAACAAAAAUAUAAUAAAAAGUCCCCUCAUCUUCUAGCUUAGCUCCAUUUUGAUCUUAUAUCAUUUCCCUCUACCGUGAAAAUGAAGAAUGAAAAAACCCCAUUAAUGACAUCAAAUAAGCUCAUGAAUUCUCAAAGGAAUAUUCAGAACCUCAUUCUCUAUUUCCUAUUUUUUGUCUCCGGUUUAGUCAUUGGAAUGUCCAUAAGUUUUUACCUAAAAGCCCCUCCCUUCAACCUACAACUCAAGCUGUUCUCCGCCCACCCCCCACCACUGAAGCCGCCCGCGCCUCGAAAAAUCACGAAUGAACCCCUCUCCGACUUCCCUCAGCUGGAUGUGACGACAUUUUCGCAGUCGGAAUCUCCACCGCCCUCGAAAAAACGGGCAGAAUAUAAACGGGUAGUGGCGACAUCCGACUCGUUCGGCAAAUCCAGCCUACAAGAAUACCUUAAGCCGCCACCGUGCAUGCAUGGGAUGAGUGAUGAGGAGCUGCUAUGGAGAGCAUCAGUCGUCCCAAGAGUGAAAAAUGCGCCCUUUACUUACCGCCCCAAAGUUGCUUUCAUGUUCUUGGCUAGAGGGAGCUUGCCAUUGGCGCCUCUUUGGGAGCGGUUCUUCAAAGGGCAUGAUGGUCUUUAUUCCAUCUAUAUUCAUUCCCAGCCAUCCUUCAAUGGAAUUGCUCAUGGAGAAGGUCCUAUGUUUCACGGGAGAAGAAUACCUAGUAAGACAGUAGAGUGGGGAGAGUUCAACAUGAUCGAGGCGGAGCGGCGGCUAAUGGCGAACGCGUUGCUGGACUUCUCCAACCAGCGCUUCGUCCUGCUCUCGGAAGCCUGCAUCCCGCUGUUCAACUUCUCCACCGUCUACUCCUACCUCAUGCGCUCCACCAAGAGCUUCAUCGAGGCCUACGACCUCCCCGGCCCAGUGGGCCGCGGCCGCUACAACAAGCUCAUGGAGCCCGACAUCACCCUCGACCAGUGGCUCAAGGGCUCCCAGUGGUUCCAGGUCCACCGCGACAUCGCCGUCGAGCUCGUCGCCGACACCAAGUACUUCGCCCUCUUCAGGGACUACUGCCAGCCCGCCUGCUACUCCGACGAGCACUACUUCCCCACCUUCGUCACCAUGAAGUUCUGCGACAACAACUCCAACCGGACGCUGACCUGGGUUGACUGGUCCAAGGGUGGCCCCCACCCCUCCACCUAUGAUGGCCCCGACAUCUCCGCUGACUUCUUGAACACCCUCAGGAACGGGACCCGCUGCCAGUACAACGGGAGGACAACCGACAUUUGCUACCUCUUUGCUAGGAAAUUUUUGCCCACGGCGUUGAAUAGGCUAUUGAGAUUAGCACCAAAAGUCUUGAUGUUUAAUUAAUCAUGACUCCAUUAUUUAUCAAUCAAUAUACCAAAAUUACGGAGCACUAAUCACCUCUUUAAUUAUUACUCCGUAUUACUUUCAUUAGCCUCAAUUCGAUCAUCC